CAACGCUCUUCGUCCGGCUGCCCGCGGCCAGGGUGCGUCGGGUCAGGAUGCGGGGCAGCCCGGCGCCCAGCUCGGCCUCCUCGUCGGCCUUAGACUUGUGCCGCAGCUCUCCGCACAGCAGGGCGGACCUGCGGCCCGGCACGGCCGGCGACUGCAGCCUGAGCGCCAGCCUGUCGGCCUGCACGCUGCUCUCCGAGGGCGCUGUGGAGCCCAUGCAGAUUGAUGUGGACCCCCAGGAAGAUCCCCAGAAUGCGCCUGAUGUCAACUACGUGGUGGAGAACCCCACCCUGGAUCUGGAGCAGUAUGCAGCCAGCUACAGCGGCCUGAUGCGCAUUGAGCGCCUGCAGUUCAUUGCUGACCACUGCCCUCCACUGCGGGUGGAGGCUCUGAAGAUGGCCCUCUCCUUUGUUCAGAGGACUUUCAACGUGGACAUGUAUGAGGAGAUCCACAGGAAGCUCUCUGAGGCCACUAGGGAGUUGCAGAAUGCGCCAGAUGCCAUCCCUGAGAGUGGUGUGGAGCCUCCGCCUCUGGACACAGCCUGGGUGGAGGCCACGCGGAAGAAGGCUCUUCUGAAGCUGGAGAAACUGGACACAGACCUGAAGAACUACAAGGGCAACUCCAUCAAGGAAAGCAUCAGGCGCGGCCACGAUGACUUGGGUGACCACUACCUGGACUGUGGGGACCUCAGCAACGCUCUUAAGUGCUACUCCCGGGCCCGAGACUACUGUACCAGCGCCAAGCACGUCAUCAACAUGUGCCUCAACGUCAUCAAGGUCAGUGUCUACUUGCAAAAUUGGUCUCAUGUGCUGAGUUAUGUCAGCAAGGCUGAGUCUACCCCAGAGAUUGCUGAGCAGCGUGGAGAGCGGGACAGCCAGACCCAGGCCAUUCUCACCAAGCUCAAGUGUGCUGCAGGCUUGGCUGAGCUGGCUGCACGCAAGUAUAAGCAGGCUGCAAAGUGCUUCCUGCUGGCCUCAUUUGAUCACUGUGACUUCCCUGAGCUGCUGUCCCCCAGCAAUGUGGCUGUCUAUGGUGGCCUGUGUGCCUUGGCCACCUUUGACCGGCAGGAGCUGCAGCGAAACGUCAUCUCCAGCAGCUCCUUCAAGUUGUUCCUGGAGCUGGAGCCACAGGUCCGAGACAUCAUCUUCAAAUUUUAUGAGUCUAAAUACGCCUCAUGUCUAAAGAUGCUGGACGAGAUGAAGGACAAUCUGCUCUUGGAUAUGUACCUCGCACCCCAUGUUAGAACACUGUACACUCAGAUUCGCAACCGGGCUCUCAUCCAGUAUUUCAGUCCCUAUGUGUCAGCUGACAUGCACAAGAUGGCUGCAGCCUUCAAUACCACAGUGGCAGCCCUGGAGGACGAGUUGACCCAGCUCAUCCUGGAGGGACUCAUUAACGCCCGCAUCGAUUCACACAGCAAGAUCCUGUAUGCCCGGGAUGUGGACCAGCGUAGUACCACCUUUGAGAAGUCCCUGCUGAUGGGCAAGGAGUUCCAGCGCCGUGCCAAGGCCAUGAUCUUGAGGGCGGCUGUGCUGCGUAACCAGAUCCAUGUCAAGUCCCCUCCCAGAGAAGGGAGCCAGGGGGAGCUGACUCCAGCCAACAGCCAGUCCCGGAUGAGCACCAACAUGUGAGAAGUGGUCCACCAGCCUCCAGGAUGGUCUGCACACCCUUCCCUGCCCCAGCAGAUACAGCACCUGGGCCUCCUCCUGCUCAUCUCCAGAGAGAAGGCUCAGUGCCACUUGGGGGCCACUGGGUGCGACCCCUUUGACUCCCACCUAGGUUUCCACGUGGCCCUCCAUGCUGCGGCACCCUGUGCUGGGGCCUGGGGAGGCAGGCAGGCUGCUUGCUGUGGCCAUUCACGCCUGAACCCGUGGGCUUGUUCCUAGGAAAUAGACUUGUGUGUAGUGCCCAGGUAGAGACCUCCCAAUCCCUGCCAUCUGUGUGCAGUCCUGGCUGCAGGUGUCAUUGACUGCAUGGGUCCAUUAAAGAGCAGACUGGUCGUUGCCCUUGGCCGUGCUCCUUCCUGCUGGUG